GUGAGUGGCACCUUAAUACACUCUAAAAAACAGAGGUACGAUGUGAGUACAGUUUUGUACUCAAAGGUACACUUUACAUAAUUGUACCCUCAAAGAUACAGUAUUGGUCUUUACAGGGUCAAAUAUGUUCUCCCUGAAGUACAAAAUCUUUUCUAACAGGAGGAAGUACUAAUUUGUACCAUUUAACCAGCCACUAAAGAAUGCGACCGAGUGAGGGAGCCCUCGCGCACGGCACUAGCCUCUUAUUUUUAAAUUUUAACGGUCACUGUUCUGGGCGGGAGGAGUGUGACAAUGGCGCUGAGGCAGCUCUCAACUGAGGAGCUGAUAAAAAAGUUGGUGGACGCAGGAGUCGAAAUAACAGCAGAGGAGGCUCAGAGGUUCAGAGAAAAUGAUGUGGAUGGAGAGACAGUUGACUGUGGACUUACAGAAGCCAUGAUUGCUUAUCUCUUUGAUAAGUCUUUCAAAAAACAAUUAAAAUUUAGAGAUUUUGUGUCUCAACACAAGGAGGUAAUUCUUUCUUUGGAUAUCACACCAGAUGUAGAAAACCUGACUCAAAUUGAAAGAAAGGAGCCAGUUUGCCAAAGACUGCCUGCUGUGAUGUCCAUUCCGUGUUUUCCAAAAGAUGUCCAAAGCCGCCUGGAUGCCAAAGAGAGUUGUCAGAAGGUCCCAAGAGAUCGUAACAAAAUUAUUAGGACACUCUAUGAAAUGAUGGCACAGUACACAAUGUAUCCUACCAAUGCAGAGUAUGUUCAGGUUGCCAAAGCUUUGAUUGUGAAGUACCCUUUCUUGAAGGAUGUUGAGGGGAAUGGUUAUCAUACCUGGCAUAUGUCACUUAAGAGGAAGUUCAAGGCAGAACGGGCGCCACUUCUCAACGACACAGAGGUCAAAAAGUUUAAAGAGAAGUUUCACCAAGCAAGGAAGUCAACAGAUGGACCUGAAACUUUGCAUGUCAAGCGUACUAAGACAUUUGUGGAAUCAUGCAUUGUUGGAGAGGAUGCUACAUCUGUUGAGGCCCAUGUCAAGGCAUUGCAUGAACAGUACAGGAAGACACAACCUGAUUUGGCGAUCGUGAAGGACCGCAUGAAAAAGACAUUUGCAUGGCGUCGUCGAGAAAUAUCAGAGGGAAUGACCGUUACAAACAUCUUGAUGAAAUACCCGUUCUUAAGAACAUCCUCAGGGUUGUAUGACGAGGUUGAUGCCAUCCAUCCUUUGACGGUGAACAUUUGUCGUCGCUUCAACGAGGGAUUUACAGCUUUACUCCCUAAUUUGCUGAAACUUGUCAAGGGGACGUUGCCACUAAAAAAACUGUAUGUGGAGGCGAGAGAGGAAGCUCUGGCUGAGGACCUUCCAGGCAUUGACUUCAGGGGUGGACUUGUUUUUUUGCCAUCCAUCUUCAGGGAGAACAUUGACCACCUCAUUUCACUUGGAGAGGGUGAACCUGCCACGCCGUAUCCUACAAUUCAGCUGAAAGACAAGGAUUGGAAAACUGCCAUUUCUAGACGAAGUCAGAGUGUGGUGAAGGUUGAUGGAGUUGAGGUGUGCACUUGUGCUGCGAUAGAUGAGGCCUUCAUCACAACCUUUUGUAUGUAUUUCACCUUCAACAUUGCAUACCCUCCACGGCUGAGAAAUACCAUGACAUUUCUCCAGAGGUGCAUUCUACACAUCAAGGAGGAAGGAGACAAGCCAUUGCCAGUAACUGUGACACGAGUGAUGAAUCUUCUGUAGAUCUAUGGCUCCACUGCACCAAUGCCCAAAAUGCCCACGUAGAACUUUCACCCUUGUAAAGCUUAUACAACACAUUGGACUUGUACAUGCACACAAAGCUCACUUUAGCAUUACUUGUGGUAUAAAUGAUUGCUGUUCUACUUUUUCCAAGUACCAUUCUUACAGAAGACACGUGUACAGAAAACACAAACACAGUGUUUUUCCUUCCCCUGGGAGCAACGAAGAAGUUAAUGAAGAAUCAGUAGUGGAACAAGACAACACUUUUGAUGCAGAUUUAACCCAGCAGUCUACCCCACCAAGUAUUGAUAAACUGCUUGAAAAUUUAAGGGAGAACCUUUUUGGCUUUAUUCUAAAAUGCAGGGAAAAAAACCACCUUCCUCUGUCAGUUCAACAAGAUAUUGUUCAUGAUUUAAACUUUUUAUUUUGUUUUUUUAAAGAGAACUAUGACUUAUUCAUCUCUUAUC